AAUAGCUUUGUUAUUAGAAGAGGAAUAAUCAUACUGGUUUUGGGGUCAAAAAGUCUAAGGUCAAGGUCACUAGGUAACUUGAUAGAAAAAAUCUACAUUGUGAUGGGAUUUACGCCUUGCGGAUCUCUUGUUUUUAUUAUAUUGAUACCCAACUAUUGACGAAACUACGGUAUACAUAGACGACGCCAUCAUAUUGUUCCUGUAGACAGCAAGAAGAUCCGAGUAUUUUUUUUUUUUUUUUUUUUUUUUUACAUGUAAAAAUCAUUCAAGUGAACGUUGGCAAACUAUUUAGAUUUGAUUAUCCAAGUAGCAUUCAUACCUAUCUGAUUAUCCAAGUAUCAUUCAUACCUAUCUGAUUAUCCAAGUAUCAUUCAUACCUAUCUGAUUAUCCAAGUAUCAUUCAUACCUAUCUCUUGUUAUCUGCCAAUCAAUCAGUGACUAUUUAGAUGUGAUUAUCCAAGUAUCAUUCAUACCUAUCUCUUGUUAUCUGCCAAUCAAUCAGUGACAAAAAUGAAUUGUUUUUAACAAUCUUUGUUGAAGUUUAUACAUUUUUUAUGAAGUCUAAUCAAGUAGCAAAAUUAUGUCUGUGAUACAAAUAAGCUUUCAACUGCUUCAUAUUUCCAAUUGUUUUUUAAUAUCUUUAUUAAUUCCUGAUGAAUGCGAUGCGCGAAGGAAUCAAAACCAAAAUAAAAAGGAAAAUGUGUUGAAUUAAAUCUAAGAAACGAAAGCCGGUGGGAAGGAACGACACACCGAAGCACGCGCGCACGUGCUUCUUGAUUGCCAAAUUGGAAUGUUUUUUGAUAAUACAGAGAGUAUACAUGUACCGAGCACAUGCAGAACUUGGUUGGUCAUUUUGAUUUGAUAUGGUUUAUUUUACGAUAACGAAACAUCAACAGGGGUUUACUUUUUAUCGCAGAGAGCAGCAGACGAUGCGAUCUCGGGUUUCAUUCAUUAACAAGGUGAACAACUUUUAUGUAGACAUUAUGUAUCACAUGUGAAUCAGACUAAUAGGAUUAGUCCAACAGGAAGUCAAGCCGACUACAGGUGUCCUCGUAGAUAGGUCCAUAAAAACCACAAGGGAACGGGAUUGCUUUUCUCAUUCUCGUACACUAACAAUGUCGAGGGAAAGUAUUUCCAUAUAUAUGUAUUUGAUGUUUGUGAUGUUUUAUAUAUGAAGAAUCGAUUUAUUUUUGUCAGAUAGCUUGUAAGAUUUCAAAGAGUUGAUAGGAAAGCAAAUAUUUGGAUUAUUUGAAUAAAAAAAAAAAAACGUCGGAUGUAAAAUCAACGCUGGAGCGCUGAUUCAUAAAAGUGUUAGAAUCUUUUUCCUGUUUUAAUAUGACGAAAAAGGACUAAUAUCUUUGAUUUGACUUUACUAGUGAUGUGAAUACCUACGUACCUUGCCUCGCCAUGUGUCGGUCACGAAUGACAGGUAGAUAUGAUAAAUGAUGGUAUCUUUUGUGUUUUGUCUGUGGGUGCUCCUGACCGUCGCCAUUGCUGUCGUUUGGUCCGUGUGUCUGUCACAGCCGGCCUGGGUCUUACACCCGAACAACCUUCACUCCUUCGGACUACAGAAGUACUGUGUAGUGGACAUUCGUGGGAGCGUGGAUGACUUGGUCAAACCCAUAGAGAAAACCUGUUUUCCUUACGGAAAAGCGUUACGGAUGGGUGACCUUCCGUCCGAGUAUUGGCGGGCCAGUUUUCUACUGCUCUCCAGCGGGACGUUUUUGCUUAUUGUAAGCGUGACGAUUGGGGUACUGUCGGUGUUCAUGCAAGAAAAAUGGGAUGGAUAUGUUUCCAUGAUGACUAAAUGUGUCCAAACAAUAGCAGUAUGUCUGAUGUGUGUCAUCUUUUCCAGUUCUGGUAGCUGUUUCCGCUCUUCUGACAUACCCCCUAGGAUUUGGGAGUCCUUUCUUUCGGUACUACUGUGGUGCGGAGGCGGGGCCAUACAAUACGGGCCACUGCAGUAUGGGGUGGACAUAUAUGCUGGCAAUAAUGGGCGCGUCUCUAUCUGUUUUCUGUCCAAUCUUGUGGAAUUUUAGGCGGAUUAAACAUUACGACAUCAUAGACGAAAUAUUCGUUUAAUGCUAAUUAAAAGGAUUAACAAUGAACACACAAUGUCGAUUUCAAUUCAUUCCACACUUAACAAUGUGUUUAUUUCUAUGGCUACACGUCACGAAGGGGUCAAACGAAAUGUUGUCUUUAAUAGUCCUCUCAAGUGGUUAUAAAAUGUACAUCACUGAAAGAGAAAAUAGAAGAAGAAAAAAAUAAAUAGAAAAAAAUGUA